CUCGAGAUUGACAACAAAAGCGCGUGCGCUCAUCCAGUCUCCAAUUCAACAGCGCGACUCGCGCAAGACGAGCUCGAACCGGGGAAUAUGCUUCAAAUGUUAGCGGAACACAAUAAUAUAAGAGUUAUUUCUUAAAAACGAGUUGCACCCUACAAAUUGACAGAACUUCCCUGGGAUUGUGACAGAUUUGGCCAGCUGUCCCUUAUUUACUGACACAAACAUCAUCAUCAAUGAGGACAUUAGGAAUGGCUGUGUUCAAGCAACAAAAAGUGGAGGAUUUCUACGAUAUUGGUGAAGAGCUUGGAAGUGGGCAGUUUGCUAUUGUGAAGCGCUGUAAGGAGAAGAGUACUGGUGUGGAAUACGCUGCAAAGUUCAUAAAAAAGCGUCAGAGUCGGGCGAGCCGGAGAGGUGUUCGGCGAGAGGAUAUCGAGAGAGAAGUGGACAUCCUCCAGGAUCUCCAACACCCCAACAUCAUCUCGCUGCAUGACGUUUACGAGAAUCGCACUGACGUGGUGCUCAUCCUGGAGCUUGUUUCAGGAGGUGAGCUCUUCGACUUCCUGGCUCAGAAGGAGUCGCUGAGUGAAGAGGAAGCCACAGAAUUCAUCAAACAGAUUCUCAAUGGAGUUCAGUACCUGCACUCCAAGAAAAUUUCACAUUUUGACCUGAAGCCUGAGAACAUCAUGCUGCUGGAUAACAACAUCCAACUGCCACGGAUCAAGCUUAUCGACUUUGGUUUGGCGCAUAGGAUCAAAGACGGAGUAGAAUUCAAAAACAUUUUUGGGACUCCAGAAUUUGUUGCUCCAGAGAUAGUCAACUAUGAGCAGCUGGGAUUAGAGGCUGACAUGUGGACCAUCGGAGUCAUCACAUACAUCCUAUUAAGCGGGGCUUCGCCAUUCCUGGGCGACUCCAAACAGGAAACUCUUGCGAACAUAUCAGCUGUUAACUAUGAAUUUGAUGAGGAGUUCUUCGGCAACACAAGUGAACUGGCCAAAAGCUUCAUCAGAGAGCUGCUGGUGAAAGAUACAAGAAAGAGGCUUAAGAUACAAGAUGCACUCAACCACCCAUGGAUUAAGCCUAUAAACCCGCGACAAGCCCUGGUUCGACGACAAUCUGUGGUGAACCUUGAGAACUUCAGGAGACAAUAUAUUCGGAGGAGGUGGCAGCUUUCUUUCAGAAUCGUGGCCCUCUGCAACCACUUGACACGCAUGAUGAAGAAAGAUCACCCCAAACCACAGGACAAACCCAAGAUGGGCUACGUAGGGCGCACGGUGGCCAUGUUCGAAAGAGAGUGUGAAAGCGAUCAAGAGGAGGAGGUGAUACUGAGGAAACCCCGAACCAGGAAGAGAAGUAGCACCUCCUGAAUCUCCUUUGCUGCUCCUAUGACCGACAACAAUACAAGAGUCUCGGCCACACUCAGCUUAUGAGGUGAACCGGCAGCGCGUGCGCCUUUUCCAAAUGCACACAGGUUGGAUUGUUUUUAGAAGGGGUUUGUAUUUGGUUUGUUUGACUUCAUAGAGAUUUGUCACCACAUCUAUAAACAUGAUGCAACAAGAGCAGUUGUGGCAAAUAUAGAAUAAAUGUGUAUAAAUGUAUUAAUGUACAUAUUAGAAUAGGGAAGAUUUUUCUGGAUGUAUUACAAGUUUGUAUGUAAAGUUUACUUGUAAAAUUUCUAAAUACAUAUUAGAGAUGUUUAACGUCACACAUGCCACUUUGAGCCUGGCCUGUCUUAAUAUGUGCCACAACAUUUCUUCAUUCCUUUAUUGUCAUUUCAAUGGUGCAUGAUUGAUAUAGCCAGCUUCAUUUAUUCUGUAUGAAAUUUGUUGAUUGUAUGUGUUAUUUUUUUUUAUUAUUUUACUGUGCUAUUGGUCUCAAGGUGUGGUCACAUUUACCAUUAUUCUGCAUAUUUUUGUGGGAAAUUGCGAAUCAGGAAUUGCGCAUUUUUGUGAAUCAUCUCCCCACACAGAUUUCAGUGUGUUCACGAAUUUCCCUCAAUGACCAACACAAAACUUCUUGAACGUGACUUCCGUGUGGGCAGUGCUUCAUAUAUCGCUACACUAUUGACAAUAUUCACAAUUUCUUUUGCAUUCAAAUCUUAAAAAGAUUAGUAUUUGAUGAAGCAAGUCAGUCUCAAAUGGACUGGGUUCGAAGGCCAGUUUAAAACAGUGUAAUACUCAAUGUUUUAACUAUUAAGUAUCUUAAAUUUCGGCCAAUUAUCAAGCCUGGGUCGACAAUGUCUUGUAAAGCUCUUAAGACAACAGUGAUGUUUCAGAUGCCAUUUUCAUUUCAAAAACCUGUUUAUUGAAAUCAGGGCUGAUUUUUUGGUGCAUGGGAAAGUCCACCCCUCUGUCGGGGAAAGACAAUUAGGAAUUGGCAAUGCUGUUGGAUUGUGAAAUGAAACUAUGCAUACUGUAUCAUUAGCUCUGUUUCCAUCCAUCAUUUUGGGAUAAUGCAGCAUAAAAAAUGCCAGAUGUGCAUAAAUUCGAAAAAUGCACAUUAAAGACUUAAUUAAGCACUUAAUUCCCAGACAGCAUCAUAGUGUUGGCCCAGAUUCGGGCCACAUCUGGUACAUGUGAAAUCCAGACAGAUCUGGCCAGACACUAUGAGAAGACAUGAGAAUGAGAUGGGAAGACAUGCGCAUAAACUAUGAUGGAAACACAUAAAUCCUUCAACGCGCAACAAAAAACCCAUGCGACUUUGCCUCAAUAGUGGAUCUGAUUGGAUAACUGGACUAACCAAUGGACCAUUUUCAUUGCACGGCAUCUCAAAUGUUGGUUUACCUAUUCUGAAAUGCCAAAGUCUGUCAUUAAAGUGGCUUGGUUUAAUUCUUACCCAGAAACAUCUCACAUGAUUGCUUUCCCAAACACCAGGCAACUUCUAGCUCUGACCUUCUAUUACAGAUAUUUUGCGCCAAUUAUCCAGGAAGUGACGAUUUUGUUCUCUUGAGCACAUGGGAUGGAAAUCGUGUUUUUUUCGCAAAUGUUUUAUGCGAUAUUCCAAUUUGGCGCAUGAGGUAAAUUCGCAACUUUGGAUGGAAACGGCUAUUGAGACAUUAUGGUACUUUCAGGACUGCGCCACCUAUUGGUCAGAUGUUAUCAAAAUUAUAAAAAUGAGACAUGUUUUCAUAUAUUUUGAUCCUAGAAUUGUGGUUACGCCAUUGUCUGCCUCUUUGGCUUCAACAUUCCCUUAACCUUACAUAGGACAAGUUAAAAAAUUGGAAAAUUUACUUUUUAAUAGUACAGUAGAUUACAUAUGUAAAUAAUUGUAUCACAGUGUCUUGAGGCUGAAUGUGAUUGUAGGACUGAAAGUGCCCUGUGCUCUACAUACAACACCAUCAGGAAGAGGUUGUAGUACAGUAUCUCAUUGUUCAGGAAUGUGUUCUAUUCAAUGGGCUUAUAAAUCUCAAUGUCAUUUUCUAAGUAGGCUCAAAAGUUCCAAUUUAUUUCUUUAAAAAAAAAUGUAAGAAAUACAGUUGUUCACACUGCUAGAGUAUUAAACCUUAAUUGAUUUUAAACCAUUUUGCAGUUCGUAUUUAUACAUUACAUACCUGUUCAAAUUCUUUUGUUUACGUGUAUAAACAUGACUACAGUAUGUUCAGUGCAUGUUAAUGUAAACCUGUAUCGCAUCACUUCCUGUGCAUCAAGACACAUGAUUGGUGGUGUUAGAGGACUAAACAGUAUUGUUUACCAGUAUAAAUGCCAGAUUUUCCUCUAAGUGGAAAAUAUUCGUAAAAUGUGCCUCAAAAAAAUCUCACUUAUAUCCAUUUAUUUUAUAUUCUUGAUAUGACUCUGUACUUGUGUUGUUCACGACCAAUGUGAAAUGAAAAAAGUUUACUAAGAAUAAAAAAAUGCCCCUUUUGUACAAAUAGGAGAAGUAAUAAAUGAUUAAUAUAUUUAUUAAA